AUAUCUCAAAGCAGACACUUGCAUUGUUCCUCCCAUUCUGGGUUUCACAGUAGACAACUGAAGAGAAAAGGAAGGAGCCAUAACCAGAGUAAAUAUGGUAAUCUGCUCGUUUACUAGUUCAAGUUCUGGACUUGGGACUUAAGAGUAACCGUGGGGCCACUUGGAACCGGCUUUAGAACUGGCUGACCUGUAGAUAAGAGACAAGCUGUACUUAUAUUAGGAGACCUAAGAACAAGAGGAAGCCCUGUCUUUUCUUCAACAGGAGCCUCAGUCUCACCUGGGAGCUCUGAGAGCUGUGUUCACUCCUGGGAAAUAGAAGAGACUGAGCCAAGACUCCCACUUCCGCCGAUAACAAGGCAGCCACGACAGGUUUGAAGCAAAACAGCUUCAGGUGGAUCUGUCACUCCUGAUUGUCCAGAGUGAAUCUCAAGGGAGAAGUCAGAGCAAAGCAGCUGCUGCCCAGCAGCCCCAGAAGAUGGAAGCUGUAGAGCAAGAGGAUCAAGGAUACGACACCAGUCUAACAUUGAAGGCAGCUGUAGAGUCAACAGUGAGGUCUACAUUGGAAGGCUAAAGAAACUGGAGCCUGAUGUCCAAAGUCUGAGUUCCAGAGGCAAACCUGGAGGUGAGAAGUGAAGAAAACAGAAGCCAUGCCAACCUUGUACACUACCAAGAAGCAGACUCUGUCUCUGGGACGACCCCCAACAACAUAGAGGAGGAAGAUGGGCGUCUCCAGGUCUGCCGUGUAUGUGGGGACAAGGCCAAUGGCUAUCACUUCAAUGUCAUGACAUGUGAAGGAUGCAAGGGCUUUUUCAGGCGGGCCAUGAAACGCAAUAUCCGGCUGAGGUGCCCCUUCCGUAAGGGCACGUGUGAGAUCACGCGGAAGACGAGGCGACAGUGCCAGGCCUGCCGCCUGCGCAAGUGCCUGGAGAGCGGCAUGAAGAAGGAGAUGAUCAUGUCCGAAGCGGCCGUGGAGCAGAGGCGGGCCUUGAUCAAGAGGAAGAAAAGGGAAAGAGUGGAGAACCAGCCUCUUGCCACUCAGGGGCUGACGGAGGAACAGCAGAUGCUGAUCAGGGAGUUGAUGGAUGCUCAGAAGAAAACCUUUGACACCACCUUCUCGCAUUUCAAGGACUUCCGGCUGCCAGAAGUGUUUAGCAGUCGCUGUGAGAUGCCAGAGUCUCUGAAGUACCCACUGGCAGAAGACAAGUGGAAGCAGAUCAAGGAAUAUCUGGGUAGUAUGAAGAUCUCUCUGCAGCUGCGGGCGGAAGAUGGCAGUGUCUGGAACUACAAACCCCCAGAAAACAGCGAUGGGAAAGAGAUCAUUUCCCUGCUGCCCCACCUGGCUGACAUGUCAACCUACAUGUUCAAAGGCAUCAUCAAUUUUGCCAAAGUCAUCUCCUACUUCAGGGACUUGCCCAUUGAGGACCAGAUCUCCCUCUUGAAGGGGGCCACCUUUGAGAUGUGCCUACUGAGGUGCAACACAAUGUUCAACACAGAGACUGGGAUCUGGGAGUGUGGUCGGCUGACCUACUUCUUCAAAGACCCUAAAGACAGCUUCCAGAAACUUCUCCUGAAUCCUGUGAUGAAGUUCCACUACAUGUUGAAGAAGCUGCAGCUGCAUCAGGAGGAAUAUGUGCUGAUGCAGGCUAUCUCCCUCUUCUCCCCAGACCGCCCAGGCGUGAUGCAACGUGCAGUGGUGGAACAGCUGCAGGAGCAAUUUGCCACCACUCUGAAGGCCUACAUUGAGUGUGUCCGGCCCCAGCCUGCCCACCGGUUCCUGUUCCUGAAGAUCAUGGCUGUGCUCACCGAACUGCGCAGCAUCAAUGCCCAGAACACCCAGAAGCUACUGAGCAUCCAAGACACACACCCCUUUGCCACUACGCCCCUCAUGCGGGAGCUGAUCAGUGGCACGGACGACUGAGUGGUGGCCCUUGGGUGGAGCCUCUGUGGGACAGCCAGACCCAGAACUCUCUGAGAUGUUACUUCUUUUUUUUUUUUUUUUUGGUGCUGGGGGUCGAACUCAGGACCUUGAGCUUGCAAGGCACGUGUGGUGCCACUGAGCUAAAUCCCUGGCCCUGAGAUGCCACUUCUGAGGCUGGACAGAUGGACAAUGCUGAUAGGUGACAACAUUCUGACCAUAGCAGGGUAGCAUUUCUUAGGCACUGGCCGUGGGCACCCCAUCCCCCAGUGCAUCCUGGAGAGAGGGAAACCAUAGAUCAAGUAUGGAGAGUGCACUGGCCUACAGAUCAGGCCCAUCAGAGAAGCAAGGCUGCUCUUCCCUUAGACAAGGUCCUGUGGUCUGGGAAUAAAUCCCUAAAUCCCUCUAAAAUGCCACGGUGGGAGAGGGAAAGGAAUAAUGGGGCUGAGCCUCCAUAGCAUCUAUGCCACACCCACGAUCAUUGUCCGGAGUCUCUUCCUUGCUACCUCUAAUAAUCCUGCCUCCACUUCCUACCCACUGGACCAAACCCCGCCCUUUCUGCUAAGCUGCUCGGGUGGGGGUUCCAGGCCUGAGCUCAUCAGCAGGUGCACUGGUGUCUGUGGGAGUCUUCUAGAGAAGCCAGGAGGCCCAGACUGUGUCAGAAGCUUGCGACGACCUCAUUCUGGGUCUCUUCAUCCACUCAAGCACAUUACUAAGUACCAGCAUGCUGUGGGAUAUACACUAUUGACUCAGAUGUGGACCUUGAUCUCAGAGCUUACAGUUAAGAAAACAAAGUCGGAACACAAGCAGCAUGGAUCAAAAGGGCAAGUGACACAUGACAUAAGCCCAGGGAACUUCUUUAUGUGGAUGCUGACUGCGCUGGGGAUCUGUGGGUACUGGGGACCCCAGGGAGGGUUCUGAGGACGUGUUUAUGGGAGGAAAAGGUGGGAACUGUGGCUGUGGUAACUGUGUGGCUUGGUAUGGGAAGUCUGAGAUGGGAACACUGAGGUGCUUGGUGACAUGGCUGCGGUGACUGUGGGUUAAUAAACAUGCCAGAUCAGA